GCAGACGAGAUCAGGACCGCAUUCCGAUCCGGGACUCGACGACGACGACGGCGGCUACUUUGUGAGUUUUGGACGCGCUCUCCGAGAAACGACGCACCUGGAAGAACGAGUCUCUGCGCUCCCGCGUCGUAUAUAGACAUAAUAUAUAAUAUUGUAUUAUAGCCUACAGACCCGUUCGAAUCGUCGCCGGCGCAGUCAUGUGCCGAACACUGCGCCAUCAACAUCCAAAAAUGGGCCUGAUGCCGAAGGACCACGGCAACGUCAACGAAAAUUCCUACGCCAACCGUCUCAACCACCUGAAACAAGUGUUGAAACCGUACCGAGACAACAACGCCAACUGUCUGCGGCUGAUCACCAGGUCGGCUAGGGUGAACCUGAACAAGCAUUGGAAGAGCCUGGAGAAUCUGUUCACGGCCGGGCACGACCGUCGUGCUGACGUCAAAGAACGCGCCCAGAACGCGGUCAACGAAAUGCUGGAGAACGGGGAGAACGAAAGACCCGCGGCGGAAGCCUACACCAGCCCGACGGCGGACGCGGUCGAAAAAUUGCAACACUUGCACGUGAACGACGGUUGACGACCCGCGACGACCGCACACUUGGUUUGAUGUAAUCGGGUGUGGGGUGGAUGUGGGGGGAGGGAAAAUCGUAAAUUGUUUACCGAGCACAUAUUAUAUACGUCAUUGUAACCGUAGCAUAAUAUUAUUAUGCUGCGUGUGUGUACCUCAUGUCUUUCGUUGUUUUUUUUUUUAUAUUUUGUUAUAUAUUUUAUUUUAAUAUUUUAUUUCACUUAACACGCGCACCAUCACAUUUUUUUUUUUAUAUAUGCACAAUUUUACGCACCGUUUUCGCACUGGUUUUCAUUCGCACAAUUGCACCUACACGCACACUUAUUACGCACUUUUAAAUGCACUCUAACACAUAAAUAGCACUAUAAAACAUUAAACACAAUAUUUAAUGUUCACUAUAUAUUAUUAUUAUAUUGCACUCGACACUCGUUAAAAUAUAUGCACCACUAUAUUAUUAUAUAUUCACAUCACACAUGACACAUUAUUAGAUUUUAAGCAAAUAUUUUAUCGUCCGACAAAGGACACUGUACCACACCGCAGGAUAGUCCGGAUCGAUAUUAAUGUAAAUACUCUUGCACUUUAUAGACUAUUAUGUACAUAAUAUAUUUUAUUAGUUUUAAGUUUGUGUCGGCCAAUUAUUGGCGACUACAACUAUUCAUGCCUGGCUUCCCAACAUAUAGUUUUAUACCUAAUUUGUAUGUCUCACGACGUCGAUUAGAAGAAAUUAGAAUUUAGAAUAUUAUAGAAACUUAGGUUAAUUAAAACUAUCCUAUCUGUGAUUAUAUUGAAAUAAGUUUUUAUUUUUAUAUUUCAUUUUAUAUUAGUUAUUAUUGAUACUAUAGUAUCAUUGGCGGGUCAUUUAAUUUAUUAUAUUAAUAUUAAUUACAUAAUUAUCGAAACGUGAAAAAGUUUUGAUUAGGCCAUAAUAUUUUUUUUUUAUUAUUAUUUUACUUAUUUUUGUUAUUUACAUUGUUAAACGAAUAUUUGCUCAAGAAGGAACAGAAUCCAUCCAUUCAUAUAUUUAGUUGUUAAUAAAAACAUAUUUUUUGACAAAGCUUGAUGGCUACUGUUGCCAAAACUAAUAUAAGAUAAAUAAAUAAAAAAUAUAUUUAGAUAUAUUAUAUUAUAUUGUAAACAAUUACGAAAAUGAUUUUUGUAUGAAUUUAUUAUAAUAAUUGUUUUAAUUUUUAA